GUAACUUAUGAGUAAACAUGUAACAUCCCCAAGUUGUAAUAUAUGGAAAGGUUUAAAAAGAUUGAUUAGGCUAACUAUGUCACUAAAAUUGACUUUUUUUUUUUUGAGCAUAUUCUGAAAGAACUCCAUAUUUAAGAGCAUCUCCAAGGGAACUCUAUUUUUUCCUCUCUAAUUUACACUAAAAUAUAAUAACUCUAUUUUAGAGUGAAAUAUAGAGAAAAUUAUAGUGUAGCAUUGGAGAUGGUCUAAGCAUAUUUAAGCUGAAGUAGUGGAAAGAUAGGUGAUCUAUCGGGAAGUGAUUCGCGAUAGCGUGCGAGUGAAGCCAAAACAUGAGAAAAUGUCAAGUGGUGAUUACAAGAUCAGUAAACAAUGAUUUCGAGUUUUUAAAAAAAUUAACGUACCGAUCGCUGGAACGGAAUAGACCGACAGACUGAGAAAAUAGACGUGGAUGGCCCAUUAGCCGUGGACGGUCGGAACGUUACAAAAUACACGUAAGUAUAUACGGGAUUUUUCAUUUAAACAAUUGUUUUAGAAUAUGAUUAAAACUCCACUUUACGUUAUUUUCUAUAUCAAACUCCAAAGAAAGAAAACAGUAACCUAUCGUUGUGGCAGGUGAUAAAUUAAUUGGGGCGUGUAACAUUGUGACAUAUAUAAUAGAUCAAUUGGACCGCCUCCUUGCAAUUUAUUUAAUUUGCGUAAUAUUUGCUACGACGGUCCCGCCAAAUAUUCAACUACUAAGAGCAUCAGCAUGUUCACAAAAUAUUUUUUUAUUUUUUUUUUCUGUUUGAUUUUUAUUUUUAUUUUUUUUAAAAAGUUAUUAAUCGGACCAAUCGCGAGUCGCCACGUGUCGUGGAGUCCGUGCUACAGUGAUGAUCCGGGUUCAAUGCAGUGAACUCCCAAGAAACAGGUUCAUUGCUUUUGUUUAUUUUAAUAUUUUUUUUUCGAAAACUGUGUAAAUUCCCCGUAGAGUUCACUGAUGCGGAUGCUCUAAGAUCAAUUAUUCAAUCAUGUCAAAAAGACUACAAGUCUAACUUAAUAGAGAAACUAAUUAAGAAUACCAUAUCUUAGCAGAGAAGUCCGACCACUCUAUAUAACAAAUCACUGAUGUGAUUUAGGUGCACUGUUUACGUAAGCACGAGAUCGCCUUGACUUACCACUUAACAAAUUAUAUAUUUUGUUUCAUUAGAGAUAUCGUGAGAAGAAAGUAAAAUAUAUAGUUGGUUAGAAGUUACACAUUGUAUAUAAAUAAGCACUAAGUUUCACCUCCGAUUUAAUUUAUGAUUAAUUUGAUGAUAUCCUUCCUUAGAGUUUACUUUUAACCAUCUUGCAUGGAAUCAUUCAACUUUGUUUUAAAUAUAUAAUUUGGUUAGAAGUUACACAUUGUAUAUAAAUAAGCACUAAGUUUCACCUCCGAUUUAAUUUAUGAUUAAUUUGAUGAUAUCCUUCUUUAGAGUUUACUUUUAACCAUCUUGCAUGGAAUCAUUCAACUUUGUUUUAAAUAUAUAAUUUGGUUAGAAGUUACACAUUGUAUACAAAUAAACACUAAGUUUCACCUCCAAAUUAAAUUUAUGAUUAAUUGGAUGAUAUCCUUCCUUAGAGUUUACUUUUUAACCAUCUUGCAUGGAGUCAUUCAACUUUGUUUUAGUGUCUUGACUUAGCAAUUUGAUAAUUUAAAACUUGUUAUGUGAGGUCACGGGGGAAUAUAUUACGUAGUGACGGAGAUAGCAGGAGAAAGAAAUCAAGAUAUUGGUCAUAGAAUUAUAUCAUAAGUGGAAAUUUUCAACAAGUGGUCCAAUUAUAAUUUUGGAUUAGUUGGUGAUUUUCCCUAACCACCAAUAUAUAAUGUGCUUUGAAUGAACACAUUUUAUGGCAUCCACUGUCCACCGGCCACCGGAUCAUUUGGGCAUCUUGAGGGAAUGAUCUUGAGCUAACAUAUCAACAUGAGGAUUUAUAUAUGGAGGAUAAUUGAUUUUUUUAUGAAAUGUUAAAUUUAUUGAUCAUCGCUAAAAGAGUAUAUGUACAUGUAUAAGGUAUAAGCUAACAUAGAAAACUGUUAUAGAAAGAAAACUCAAAGUUAAACUGUGUGAGCACCAAACCACCUGCACAAUUAAUUUGAUGAUUGAUUAAGUCAUUGAUCAAGCAAAUAGCUUACAACCACUGCUGAAACUGCCAACAUUUUAUUCUGAUAUACUACAAUAUGUUUGCUUGAUCAAUGACCAAAGCAGGAGAUCGGACCAACUUAAUAAUGAAGAAAGUAGGUUAGGUACUUAGGUUUGUAAGACAGGGAAAUGGUAGUGUGGCCAGGUACAAUGGUGUUUAGGUACUUUCAACAUAGAACCAAACACACAUAUAUGGCCUAAUGGUUUAUCUUCUCCGUUAUUCGAUGGAAUGUAUAUACAAGGUUCUUCAUAACUGGCAGAAAUAUGUAUGGAUGCUACUGCAGGUCAAAAUAUUAGUUACUAGCUAAUGUAUUUGUAAUAAAAUAUGAUAUUGACCAUGUGAUCCACCAAUAUCCUCAACGUGAGUUCGAUCGUGUGGUGACUAAAUGGUAGUUUUUCUAUAGAAUUCUCAUAUAGUUUUGCUCAAAGACAUUAUGAUAAUAAUAUAUAUAAAAAAAUCUGUAUUAUGUAGGACAAAUGUGGUGGUAGCUAGAUCUUGCCAGGAACCAAUAAAAUAUUUGUAUUUUUUAUAGUAUGCAAAAAUACAGACAAAUUAUGAAAUUAAGUUCAAAAAAAAAAAUACAGACAAUCAUAUAUCUCAGUUUUGUCAUAUUAAACAUGUACAUAUAUAUAGUGCCUAUUUUUAGAAGAGAAAGAAUAUCAAGUUGCAUGGUUUCAUAUUACAGUUUUGAUAAACAGUACAGAUUUGUAAGGGUUGAUAUUAAUUUCUCAUAAACGUAACAGAUUUAUGACUUUUAUCCGUGUCGAUAAAUAAAAUUGUGUUAUGAGUGGAAUGGUAUAUAAUAAAAGUUAAAAUAUAGACUCCGACUGUCUUUAACUCCAGAUCUGCUCAAUAUGGGAGUGACCGUCGUGCACUGCACUCUGCUCAGUCUGUUAAAGAAGAAAAUAACUUACACAGACAACACCAUGUGCUAUCUUUGUAAUCUAAUUUAGCACAUUAGUCGAGUCUCAAGAAAAUACAAUAAGAAGUAGUAUAUUUUGGUAUUUUAUAGUCGAUGUAUGAAAUAGUAAAAUUAUUUUACGGUCUUAUAGAUUUUUUUCUCAACAAUUUUAUUUUACAAAACUGCAGUUGGAUUUAAUUUCAUUCAUCAAUAUUUUAAAAUAUAACAAAACAAACAAUAAUCGUAUGUAAAUUUUCACCCAAGUUUUUUUUAACGCUGAUUUAUUAUGAUCUUACAAUUAUGAUAUAGGAAAGAUUACAUAGACAAUUCGACAACCGACAAUACUAUCUGUCUUAUGAAGACCUACGUCUAACUGCAUCACCUGAGCCGUCCUAUGAAGAUCCACGUCUGGCCAGAUUUACUUGCAUCAUGUUAAAGAUCCACACCUGGCCAAAUUUUCACCUAAGUUAAUUUCAGUAUUUUGUUAUUACCCUUUUCAUGAUCUUAUCGUUAUAUAAUGUUUCCGAUAAGAGUAAAUCAUAUAAUUCAUUAGUAUUUCUAUAUUACAAUGGAGUAUAUGUGAAGUUUGAUUAUCAAUAAAUGCAUUUAUAGUAUCUAACAGUUAUCUUUGUGAAACAAAUUUUUCAAUUUUUUUAUGGAAGAAAGGCAAGUAAUAUAUAUAGAUUAAUAGUUUAGUACUAAUGUCAUUCAAUGUAUUCGUAGACCAUUGCACCCUUUAUGAAUUAAGAUGGUAGUUUGAUAAAAACAAAAACAUACACCUCACACACUAACCUAACCUGCGGUAGAAACUUCAAUAAUAAUGAAGUGGUUCACUACUAAUUCAAACUAUACUAUAUAAGUGUAUAACAAUAACUAAUUUGCAAUAUUAGACACAAGAAAUAAAUAAAUAAAUAUAUUAAGUUACAAAUUUUGGUAAUCAAUCGAAGUUAUUAAUUUAAACUAGACUAUCAAUGUUUUUAUUUAAAAGUAGUAAUAGAAUUGGCUAUAAAUGAACCCAUAGGAGCUACCAUAGGAACUCAUCACAAAUCCUCUAGAACUGAAACUAAAUAGUAAAGAAAAAAAAAGUAUCAAUGCAAAUGACAAAACCACACGCCGCCAUGUUUUCAAGUCCCGGAAUGGGCCACCUCAUCCCGGUGAUCGAGCUCGCUAAACGUCUCUCCGCUAACCACGGCUUCCGCGUCACCGUCUUCGUCCUCGAAACCGACGCAGCCUCCGCUCAGUCCAAGUUCUUAACCUCGAGCGGCGUGGACUUCGUCAACCUUCCAUCGCCGGACAUUUCUCAACUAGUGAACCCCGCAGAUCACGUGGUGACCAAGAUAGGAGUCAUUAUGCGUGAAACGGUUCCAGCCCUCCGUUCCAAGAUCGCCGAGAUGAAUCAAAAGCCAACGGCUCUGAUCAUCGACUUGUUCGGAACAGAUGCUUUAUGUCUAGCAUCAGAAUUCAAUAUGUUGACGUAUGUGUUGAUCGCUUCCAACGCACGUUAUGUUGGGGUUGCUAUGUAUUAUCCAACUUUGGACAAAGAUGUCAAAGAAGAGCACACGGUACAAAGAAAACCGCUUGAAAUACCGGGAUGUGAACCGGUUCGAUUUGAAGAUACCAUGGACGCAUACCUGGUUCCGGACGAACCGCUGUACCGGGAUUUUAUUCGUCACUGUCUAGCCUACCCAAAAGCUGAUGGCAUUUUGGUGAAUACAUGGGAUGAAAUGGAGCCUAGAUCAUUAAAAUCCCUUCAAGACCCAAAACUUUUGGGUCGGGUCGCUCGUGUACCGGUUUACCCUGUCGGUCCAUUAUGCAGACCGGUUGAAACAUCGGAAACCGAUCACCCGGUUUUGGAUUGGUUAAAUGAACAGCCAGAUGAAUCGGUUCUCUACAUCUCCUUCGGGAGUGGCGGUUCUCUAACGGCUAAACAGCUAACCGAACUGGCUUGGGGGCUCGAGCAGAGUCAGCAACGGUUCGUCUGGGUGGUUCGACCCCCGGUGGACGGUUCUUCUUGCAGCGAUUAUGUCUCGGCUAACGGAGGAGGCGGAGCCAAAGACAGCACGCCCGAAUACUUACCGGAAGGGUUCGUGACACGUACUUGCGAUAGAGGUCUCGUGGUCCCAUCAUGGGCCCCACAAACUGAAGUUCUUGCUCAUAGGGCCGUUGGUGGGUUUUUGACACAUUGCGGUUGGAACUCGACGCUAGAAGGCGUGGUUAGCGGCGUGCCGAUGAUCGCGUGGCCGCUUUUCGCCGAGCAGAAUAUGAACGCGGCGUUGCUCAGCGACGAACUUGGAAUCGCCGUCAGAGCUGAUGAUUCGAAGGAGGCAAUAACUAGAUCGGAGAUUGAGGCGGUUGUGAGGAAGGUUAUGGCGGAAGAGGAAGGUGAAGAGAUGAGAAGGAGAGUUAAGGAGCUGAGAGACAAGGCAGAGAUGUCGUUGAGCAUCGACGGUGGUGGUUCGGCGCACGAGUCGCUUUGCAAAGUCACGGAGGAGUGUACACGGUUUUUGGAACGUGACAGGGACUUGGCACGUGGUGCUUAGAACUGCUUAUCGUUUUCGGACUGUUUGAAAGUUGAAACUGCGUGUCGUGUUUCAAAAUUAGUGUAUUUCCACUGUGUAAUAGAAUAAAUAGAUAUAUGUAUUUUGAAUGGUGUGUAAAAUACUACUUUUGGUUAUAUAUUUAUCGACUAGUUUGCCAUUGUAAUAUAAUUAUCAGUGUUUUGUAAUA